AUGGUUUCUACUUAUACAACAUCAGACUCUUGCUCUGAGAUCGGAUUUUCCAGAUUCCCUUACGUCUCAAUCAAGAUCUGUGAAGCCAGAAAUUUGCAGGCUUAUAGUGAAUACAGUCAAGAGCUAAAACCAUAUAUAAAAAUUUCGAAGGGCUCUCACAAAAGCCAAACAAAAUCUGCAACAACCUCUGAUGAUGUAAUAUGGAACGAGAAUUUUGAAGUUUCAGGCGACGGUUUUGAUUCUUUGAUAAUUUGUCUGAUGGAUCAUGAUGAAUUUGACGGGGAUAUCGUUUUGGCUGGGUUGUCAUUUCCUAUGGAGUUAUUAAAACAAUGGAGAGAAGAAAAAGUUUUGUGAGUCAGACUUAUUGAUCCAAAAACUGUGCAGGAUUUGGCUGAAGAAGAUAAUAUUCUUACGUUUACAGAAGAUAUGGAAAUUUAUAACCCGGCGGAUACCCAAUGUCCUAUAUUAAAAUUAGAAAUUUCAUAUUUUGGGAUUGAAAGCUUGAGGGAAAUUUCUUCGAAAAUUGUGAAUAGUGAGAUUAUAGAGAGGGAUGGAAAAACAUAUACAGAAUAUGAAAUGGUUUUGACAAGAAAAGAUGGAUUUAACUGGAAAGUCAAUUUCAGAUAUUCGCAGCUUAUUCCCCCUUCUCCGUGAGCAACAAGACCAUUGGAAAAAUCCCUUUUUUGACCAAAAAACCCACGUCCGUGAGCGGACAAAAAUUAUUUUAAUUGAAAAAUUUUUUAUGGAAAAAAAAAAUUAUAUAUAAAUGAUAAUUAUUAUAAUGAAAUUUCUAGCUAAUUCCGUUUUAUUUUAAACAACUUGCAUUCUAAAACAACAUAAAUUUCGCAAAUUAAAUUAAUUUUUGCUUCUCAAAUUUAACAUAUUGGAAUUUUUUUAAAUUUUGAAGAAAAAAAAUUAACCUCCUCCGUAAACGAACAAAAAAUCUUUGUUUGCUCACGGAGGGGGGAGUUAGGAAAGUAAGGAAAAAUAUGAUCAAACGAUUCCCUGAGCUGAAAGAACUGAAGUUUCCAGGGAAAACGGCACUUUCUUUUCUUCAUUUGAAACGAAGCAAUAAGUUUAGUGAAGAAAGAAUUGAACAGAGAAAGCAAGUUAUGGAAAAAUUUUUGAACUAUACGCUUAAAUGUCAAUAUCAGCAGAAAUGUAGCGAUUUUUACCAAUUUUUGCAAGUUCCCUAUAAUUAA